CAAGUACUAAGACGGGUAACCUCAUUUCCAGUUGCGUCUCUUCAAAGCGGAAACAGGCCAUGGCCGCCGCCGCUAAUACCCGCCCGUUCUACUCCGAUUCCAACCCUAUUCAGCCCCACCGCUUUGUCUUCUCAGCUGAUUAUCCCCCCAAAAUCUCACUCACUCCCGAUCAGUUCAACUUCUGUUCCGAGGCUCUCAAAUUCUUCUCCGAAAAGCUCCAAACGCCCCUCGAAAUCAUCCGCGAGUUCUCUCUCUUGCAGGCAAAUAGGGUUACACCUUCGGAGAUGAUGAGGAGAUGCACAGUGGGUCUUAACGGUGUCAAUAUGGAAAAGAAUAGAUACUCUGAUGUCGUACCAUUUGACGCUAAUAGGGUAGUUCUUAAUUCAUGCAAAGAUUACAGACCAGCUUCAAUGGGUUAUAUCAAUGCUAGCUUUAUCAAGACUUCUUCUUCGGGAAACAUCUCUCAGUUUAUAGCCACACAAGGUCCCUUACCUCACACUUAUGAGGAUUUCUGGGAAAUGGUUAUCCAAUGCCAUUGCCCUGUCAUCGUGAUGCUUACUCGUUUGGUUGACAAUUAUAAGAUGUUAAAAUGUGGAGAUUAUUUUCAAGCAGAAGAUAGUCCCAGACAAUUUGGCAAUAUCUGUAUUGAUACUAAAUGGAUACAAGCGACAGAAACAUCAUUAUUGCUACGCAACUUGGAAGUAAAUUAUAAGGAGUCAAAAGAUCCACCACUAUCUGUUUUGCACAUUCAGUAUCCUGAUUGGCCUGACCAUGGAGUUCCCACUGACACACUUGCUGUCCGUGAAAUCUUGAAAAGACUAUUACAAGUACCAGUAAAUAUUGGUCCAAUAUUGGUGCAUUGCAGUGCAGGUAUCGGGAGAACUGGAACAUACUGUGCAAUUCAUAACACUGUCCAGAGAAUCCUCAUUGGGGACAUGUCUGCGCUAGACCUUGCUAAUACCGUAUCUAUAUUCAGGUCCCAGCGCAUUGGAAUGGUUCAAACCAUGGAUCAAUAUUUUUUCUGCUACAAAGCUAUUGUUGAUGAAUUAACGGACCUCAUCAGACUUCAGCAGUGAACACAGUUCAAAAUGCUAGAUGUCCCAACGAAAGCUGAUUCCGGGUAGCUAUUUGCUUAUAUGUUUCUUGCAUAUCUUUUGCUUCUAAGGUAUCAAGGGGUUGACAUGGCAAUACUGGAAAUAAAUAGCACUGCUAAUCAGUUGACUUCAUUUUCAUUGUUGCUGAAGUUAGUAGAAAAUUUAGGAAUAUGAACGAAAUUAAACUGUUUUACCCAUUCCGCACCCAGAUUGUACUUUGGUUCUGAACCACCGAAAAGAAUAAGAUGUACUUCAAAACUGUUCUU